AUGGGGAACCGGGAGAUGGAGGAGCUGAUCCCGCUGGUGAACCGGCUGCAGGACGCCUUCUCGGCGCUGGGGCAGAGCUGCCUGCUGGAGCUGCCGCAGAUCGCCGUGGUGGGCGGCCAGAGCGCGGGCAAGAGCUCCGUGCUCGAGAACUUCGUGGGCAGGGACUUUCUUCCUCGAGGGUCAGGCAUUGUAACAAGACGACCCCUCGUUCUGCAGCUUGUCACUUCGAAAGCAGAAUAUGCUGAAUUCUUACACUGCAAAGGAAGAAAGUUUACAGAUUUUGAUGAAGUUCGUCAAGAGAUUGAAGCAGAAACAGAUCGAGUGACAGGAAUGAAUAAAGGCAUUUCAUCUAUACCUAUUAAUUUACGAGUCUAUUCCCCACAUGUGUUAAAUCUAACCCUUAUUGACCUGCCUGGAAUCACUAAAGUGCCAGUAGGGGAUCAGCCACAAGAUAUUGAAUAUCAGAUCAGAGAAAUGAUUAUGCAGUUUAUCACUCGAGAAAACUGUCUGGUUUUGGCUGUUACACCUGCAAACACAGAUCUUGCCAACUCAGAUGCCCUGAAGUUAGCAAAAGAAGUUGACCCUCAAGGUCUGAGAACUAUUGGAGUCAUCACCAAACUAGAUCUUAUGGAUGAAGGAACUGAUGCAAGGGAUGUUCUAGAAAACAAAUUGCUUCCUCUUCGAAGAGGUUAUGUGGGUGUGGUAAACAGAAGCCAAAAAGACAUUGAUGGAAAGAAGGACAUUAAGGCAGCUCUGCUGGCAGAAAGAAAAUUUUUUCUUUCCCACCCAGGCUACAGACACAUUGCUGAUCGAAUGGGAACUCCACAUCUUCAGAAAGUCCUAAAUCAGCAACUUACUAACCAUAUUCGAGAUACAUUGCCAAGCUUCAGGAGCAAGCUCCAGGGACAAUUACUCUCCAUAGAACAUGAAGUAGAAGCCUACAAAAACUUCAAGCCAGAAGAUCCUACAAGAAAGACAAAGGCUCUGCUACAGAUGGUUCAGCAGUUUUCAGUGGAUUUUGAGAAGAGAAUUGAAGGAUCAGGAGAUCAAGUAGAUACACUGGAGCUCUCAGGCGGUGCAAAAAUAAACCUCAUCUUCCAUGAACGAUUCCCUUUUGAGAUUGUAAAGAUGGAGUUUAAUGAGAAAGAACUGAGAAGAGAAAUAAGCUAUGCAAUCAAAAACAUUCAUGGUAUCAGGACAGGAUUAUUUACUCCAGAUAUGGCUUUUGAAGCAAUAGUUAAAAAACAAAUUGUAAAGCUAAAAGGACCUUCCCUGAAGAGUGUAGACCUGGUGAUGCAGGAGUUAAUCAAUACUGUAAAGAAAUGUACCAAAAAGCUUGCGAACUUCCCAAGACUUUGUGAAGAAACAGAACGUAUUGUUGCUAACCACAUUCGUGAAAGAGAAGGAAAGACUAAGGACCAGGUGUUAUUGCUGAUUGACAUCCAGUUAUCCUAUAUUAACACCAACCAUGAAGACUUCAUUGGUUUUGCGAAUGCCCAGCAGAGAAGCAGUCAGGUUCACAAGAAGAGUGCAGUUGGAAAUCAGGGAACCAAUCUUCCGCCUUCAAGGCAAAUUGUUAUUCGGAAGGGAUGGCUAACAAUCAACAACAUUGGCAUCAUGAAAGGAGGAUCCAAGGAAUAUUGGUUUGUCCUUACUGCAGAAAGCUUGUCCUGGUAUAAAGAUGAUGAGGAAAAAGAAAAGAAAUACAUGCUUCCCUUGGACAACCUGAAAGUUCGAGAUGUAGAAAAGAGCUUUAUGUCUAGCAAGCAUAUCUUUGCACUUUUUAACACGGAGCAAAGGAAUGUAUACAAGGACUAUCGCUUUCUUGAGUUGGCAUGUGACUCCCAAGAAGAUGUUGAUAGCUGGAAGGCAUCUCUGCUCCGAGCUGGUGUUUAUCCUGACAAAUCUUUAGCUGACAGUGAUGAGAGUGGUCAAGCAGAAAACUUUUCCAUGGACCCACAAUUAGAGAGACAAGUGGAAACCAUUCGCAACCUUGUAGACUCCUACAUGUCUAUAACCAACAAGUGUAUCCGAGACCUGAUUCCCAAAACAAUAAUGCACCUUAUGAUCAACAAUGUGAAAGACUUCAUAAAUUCAGAGCUCCUAGCACAGUUAUAUUCCUCAGAGGACCAAAACACUUUGAUGGAAGAGUCUGCUGAGCAGGCUCAGCGCCGUGACGAGAUGCUUCGAAUGUACCAAGCCCUUAAGGAAGCCCUCGUAAUUAUUGGUGAUAUCAAUAGUGCCACUGUGUCUACUCCUGCACCCCCUCCUGUGGAUGACUCUUGGCUACAGCAUUCUCGUAGAUCACCCCCUCCAAGCCCUACAAACCAAAGGAGACCAACAUUAAAUGCUCCUCCCACCAGACCCACCUCGGGCCGAGGACCUGCUCCAGCAAUUCCAUCCCCGGGCCCCCAGUCUGGGGCUCCACCAGUACCAUUCCGUCCAGGACCUUUACCUCCUUUUCCUAGUAAUAGUGAUGCAUUUGGAGCACCUCCACAAGUUCCAUCCCGGCCAACCCGGGCUCCUCCCAGUGUCCCAAGCCGGAGACCACCUCCAUCACCAACUCGUCCCACUAUAAUCCGUCCAUUAGAAUCCUCCCUCUUAGACUAAGUGAAAUUCCUGGCAUGGCAACUAAUUGAUAAUGAAUUAUAUGAAACCAACUAAUUUGAUAACUCUUGCAAUAAAUCAUGAGUAGUCGCAUGUGUGGACAUCUGUAGGCAAGUAACCAGUUUUACUAAUAUACUCAUCACUCAUUCUGCAUUGCCUGUGGCAUUUCCAAUCUUUGGGGAAGGUCCAUAAUGCUUCAACCCAUGAAAAUGACUGGCCUUAUAGAAUCUUUACAUGGGCCAUUGACCAGGGCAGGUUUGGGGUGCAGUCCUAUACAAAGAAACAAGAACUAUGAGAACAUAUACUUUACCUGCAUAUGAUUGAACUUGGCCUUUCCAAAUUUAAGAACAACUUGCUUUAAUGAUGUUUUCCAUUAAGGAGUGUUCCUGUGUAAUAAGGAAUAGUAACAUUAUGCAACACAUACUUCUUUCCAUAAAUUCUAAUUAGGGUGAGAGGAAUUCUGUUGUCUGUUAUUAAAGCUGCUGCCUGCUCCAUAAUUACAUACUCGGAUUCCCUUACCCUCUCCUUCCUUUCACAGUCCUGCUGGGAAGUGGUUUCAUUAUGAUUUCUUAGGAGUCAAAGCUUUCAAAAUUUAUAAGGUGCUUUGCUAAAGAAAACUCAGUGCUUUGCAUAGUACAAGGACCUUUUCCUUCUACUGACUUGUUUUGCUUCAUGGAUAACUGUGAAUCAAAGCUUACUCUACAUUAAUCAGUCAGCGGGCAUAGCAGCUUAAUUUCAGAAUUUCAAAGUGAAGCAAAACACCAUAUCUGUGUCUGAGAAAUAGUUUUUCUUCUUUCACAUAAGUGGUAAUACUCACCUUAGAGUACGUAACUGUGAUGGUUACCAUGGCUUAGAGUAAGGCAAGAGAUGAAACUAGUACAAAAUAUGGGUCUGAGUCUCUGAGAUCAAGUCCUUUGCCACUGUGAAAUGAGUGGGCUAACCAACUGCAUACUGUAAAGACAGUUUUGUAACUUAAAUUCAUUCACACUGACUCCAUCUCAUUAUUAUUAUCUUGGAUGUUUUGGUAUGGGCAAAAAUUCCAUGCUAAUUCGUAAUUCCCUUACUCAAGAGUUUGUUUUAUCCAUUUUCCCCACUGGAAUGUUAUUUUUUGUUGUAUAUUUAAAUCGUUCUUAACAAAGCUAGAAGUUUAUUAAGGGUGGCCACCUGUUAAAGGAUGGAUCCUACAACUGAGAGCCUGUCAACGUAGGUGUUCUGUGGUAUAAAAAACACUUGAUAUCACCUACCUCCCAGAUCCAAUAGGUCACUCAGUACCCUCAGAUUUCAACAGAAAGAAUUCGAACAUUCGGAUAUAACAAAAGAUAGAGAACUGGGGGCUGAAAAGCAUCCGUUUUUUUCCUUUCUAAGGUACUUUCCAAAUUUUUUCAAGGGCAACUGAGCCAGUCAGUUAAUAGUUCAGUCCUUAGCACUGAGUUUUGUGCUGCUGAGGACAAUAUGAAAUGGUACAAAGGAAACUUCCAAAAACUAAAGUGAAUUUCAUCAGCUAACUAUUCCCAGACAGCAGACCAAAUAUUCAUAUAAUAGUUGUGUCAUGUGAUGCUAUUUCAUAUUGUACAUAAGUAAAUCAGAUUUUGCCAACUGAAAAGCUUUACUUUGAAAGCAGUUCACAUAAUUUGUAUGUUAACUUAACUUUAAUUUCCUACAGUUUAUACCCAAAGCAGAUACCUGUAGAGUAUGAGGUAAAAAAAAUCAAUAUGUAACUAUUUCAAAAAGAGGAUUUGCCAAAUUCAAUGGUUAAAUAAGGUGUUGACCUUGUUAAACUUCAUAAAUGCUCAAUGAUAAUUUGGAUAAGAAAAUACUAUAGGUAGCAAGCAGCAAGUGAAGUCGCCUUUGAUAACAAUGGCAUGUCAUCUUUAAAGUUUCUAAACAUUUAAGUUUGUUUUAUAGGUCAAAGUAGGAACAACCACAUUCCUUAGUUAUACUAAUUCUCCCAUUUCUUGUUUUCCCAAUGAUAAAAAAAAGUCUCCCUUUGCAAAUGGAGCAGAUGUUCAAUGUCCACGUUCUCU